CCACUCUUAGAAAAAAACGAUUGGUAAUAACGUCAUACUGCCAGCAGUGAAGGUCAUCUGUUUAUAAAGUUCCAGCAGAUAUUGGCCAAGGGAAGGGGUAAAUCUUUACAAUAAUGUACAGGAUGUGCUAUAUAUCGACUAAGAUAAACAAUUUCCUCUAAACUGGUGCGCUAAAUUUAGGAUUCAAAUUUAAAGCGUUUUGAAUUUUAAAACGUGUCUCGCUUUACAAAACAAAUCGAUCGAAAUAAUUUCGAAAAUUGAAAUCUUUCGUUAGUCUUGUUCAAUGAAAUGAAUCGAAAACAGUGGAAGACCCGUCGAAACUGUGCAGUUUUUGUUGGUAUUUGCGUAAUUUACUUACUUGUAAGGGUAAAAAAAUACGAACACAAAAUGUUGAUAUUCCUUCCAAAUGUGAAUUCAAACGAGCCGUGGGAAUUUGUGGCCGAUUUCAGUAACAUGAAGUACUUAAAUCCAACGGUCAUCGAUUUCGUAAUAACAGACGAAGCUGGCAAUUACGAUCAUUGGAAAUAUACUGCAGAAUACACGGAAAAAUUAUCGCAUUGGCCAUAUUUGCCAAAUGUGGCCGUAGCCGACUUUGAAGUCAAAACAAGUCCGAAAAAAGAAAAAUAUUUUAUCAAUUCUGUUCACAGGACGUGUCUUUUUUUGGGCCUCUACUGUUUAAAUUCCGAAAGCGAAUUCACAUUCGCUACCAACAAUAGGACUAAAGGGUCGGUGUGUGAAGAGAGCGUUACUUACGAAUGUCCCGUAAUUUUGUCGUCGUUUUGUAAAAGAGAAGUCCAAUAUCAGAGGAAUGCGAUUAUGAAUAAUCUAAGGAAAAAAUUUUCAUAAAAGGUUAUUAUUAAAAAACCACAAAUAUGU